AUGGACCCAGGUAACCUCACAUGGGUAUCAGAUUUUGUCUUCCUGGGGCUCUCACAGACUGAAGAGCUCCAGAUUUUCCUGUUUAUGGUGUUCCUGUUUAUCUAUGUCAUCACUGUGGUGGGAAAUCUCCUCAUCAUAGUCACAGUGACCUCUGAUUCCCGGCUUCACACACCCAUGUACCUUCUGCUCCGAAACCUGGCUGUCAUAGACCUCUGUUUCUCUUCAGUCACUGCUCCAAAGAUGCUGAUAGAUUUCCUAUCUCAGAAGAAGACCAUCUCCUACCAGGGCUGCAUGGCCCAGAUCUUCUUCUUCCACUUUCUUGGAGGAGCCUUGGUUUUCUUCCUCUCGGUGAUGGCCUACGACCGCUACAUAGCCAUCUCCCGUCCUCUCCACUAUGUCACCAUCAUGAACACUCAGCUCUGUGUGGGGCUGGUGGUGGCCGCCUGGGUAGGGGGCUUCAUCCACUCCAUUGUCCAGCUGGCUCUGAUGCUCCCGCUGCCUUUCUGUGGCCCCAAUAUUCUGGAUAACUUCUACUGUGACGUCCCCCAAGUACUGAGACUUGCCUGUACUGACACCUCCCUCCUGGAGCUCCUCAUGAUCUCCAACAGUGGGAUGCUGGAUGUCAUCUGGUUCUUUGUCCUCCUGGUCUCCUACUCAGCCAUCCUAGUGAUGCUGAGGUCCCACCCAAGGGAGGCGAGGAGGAAGGCAGCUUCCACCUGCACCACCCACAUCAUCGUGGUCUCUAUGAUCUUCAUUCCCAGCAUUUAUCUCUAUGCUCGGCCCUUCACCCCAUUCCCCAUGGACAAAGCUGUGUCCAUCAGCCACACAGUUGUGACCCCCAUGCUCAACCCCAUGAUCUACACCUUGAGGAAUCAGGAGAUGCAGGCAGCAGUGAAGAGAUUAGGGAGGCGCCAGCUGGUUUGUAGAGCAGAGUGA